UCAACCACUUUCCUUGUUGAGCCUGCGGCGGCCGAAGCCGAGACAAACGUCUUCAUAGAUGGAUUUUAGGGUAUAGCGAAAAAAAGAACGCGGGCGAGCUUUUUCAAUUAAUUAUGUUUUCCAAAGGCAAAAGCUCCGUUGUGCCAUCGGAUAACCAGGCACGCGAAAAGUUAGCCUUGUACGUCUACGAGUACUUGUUACACAUAGGAGCACAGAAGUCGGCACAGACAUUUCUGUCAGAGAUCAGAUGGGAGAAGAAUAUCACACUUGGGGAACCUCCCGGAUUUCUUCACUCAUGGUGGUGUGUUUUCUGGGACUUGUACUGUGCUGCUCCUGAAAGAAGAGAAAACUGUGAACACUCGAGUGAAGCAAAGGCCUUUCAUGACUAUAGUGCAGCAGCGGCCCCCAGCCCAGUCUUGGGCAACAUGCCUCCAGGAGAGGGCAUGCCAGGGGGACCGAUGCCACCGGGAUUCUUUCAGGGACCCCCUGGCUCCCAGGCGUCUCCUCACGCUCAGCCUCCCCCUCCUAGCGGUAUGAUGGGACCCCACGGCCAGUCAUUCAUGUCGCCACGCUUUCCUGGAGGCCCUAGAGGCCCACCCAUCCGCAUGGGCAACCAGCCUCCCGGAGGUGUUCCCACUGCCCAGCCCAUGCUCCCAAACAUGGACCCCAUGCGAAUGCAAGGAGUACCAAUGCAGAGGAUGAACAAUCCCAGAGGGAUGGGCCCAAUGGGACCAGGACCCCAGAACUUUGGCGGUGGCAUGAGACCUCCACACAACGCUAUGGGCCCUGGCAUGCCAGGAAUGAACAUGGGACCCGGAGGUGGACGACCACCAUGGCCAAACCCAAACAAUAACAACAAUAUGCCUUACUCAUCGCCCUCUCCUGGCAACUAUGGGGGACCCCCUGGUGGAGGAGGCCCUCCUGGAACCCCCAUAGUGCCCAGCCCCGCAGAUUCCAAUAAUUCCAGUGAAAACUUGUAUACUAUGGUGAACUCUGGACCGGGAAACAGAUCGAACGUAAGUUCGAGUUAUGCACAAUACCGGUUUCCAAUAGGCCCAGGCUCUGAUGGUCCACUAGGAGCCAUGGCAGGAAUGGAUCCCCUUCACCUGAACGGAGGAUCCGGAGAUUUGGAUGGUCUACCCAAGAAUUCACCAAACAAUUUAAGUGGCAUGAGCAAUCCAUCCGGAACUCCGCGAGAUGAUGACGUAGGAGGCAGCUAUCUUCAUUCCUUCCAGAGCGAGAGCCAGUACUCCCCCUCCAUGACGAUGAGUGUGUGAUGACCUGUCCAUCCUGCCUUGGGAAAUGCAUAAUUUGACCGCCAUACGUAAAUACUGGACAUGACCAAAUACAACUGCCGUAGGCCCCAAGUUUUUUUGUUACGUGCAGCGUUUUUUGGGGAGUUAUCUUUUUUUUUUUUUUUUUUUCUGAAAAGGACUUUGCCAUAAAUCUACGAACUUUCCUAAUGUGACGACCAGUUUCUUGACCUUUUUUUUUUUUUUGUCUGACGUUCCACCUACCAAGUAUAUUUACGGGAGCGUCGGCAAAUAUUCUCCACUGCGACAUCUACAGUUGGAUGCAUGUUAAAGUUUUUUUUUUUUUUCCCAUCACUGUUUUAUUUUAAUUUUAUUUUUAAUUCAGCCCAGAAUCCCCACUUCCCUGAUAUUGCCUACUUGUCAUUGUCGGACUACAGCAUGGGGUAAAGUGGACUUACUUCAAAAUCCGGAAUUGCUAAUAUGUGGCCUUCAACUGUGUGAUAUAGUUCAUUCGCUUUUAAUUAUUUUAUGUUUUAACUCUCCAAUACAGAGAACAAAAUGUCAGAGUGACAGAAUAACACGUUUCAAUAGAAGCAAUUACCGUUGUAAAUGGUUUUUAUUCUAUAUAGAUAUUUUUAUCUUCAAGAAAUCUUCCAUGCUGAUAAGUAUCACACACCAUCUGAGAAGUUCCCAUGUCUUAUCCUCUGCACUGAUUUUAGCCUAACGUUUUACGACUUUUUAUGAGGUAUAUGACUGCUGUCGUAAGGAGAUCCCAAACUCUUUGGAAACUACAGAGUAUUGCCCUCCCUGCCCGGUCUGCAAGUGUACUACCUAGAAAUCAACCCUCCCCCACCCCCCCAGUAGAUGGUGGCUGACUCUGAAUCGGACCCACGCCUGAUCCGGCCCAAACGUGGUCCAGUCAGCUGCUUGUGUAGUCGGCUGCUCUCUGAGCCCACUCCAAUUCACUCCUCAGGUCUGCGAAUCAUCAUCCUCUGCAUAGGCGCGUGUGGUGUGUGUGUGUGUGUGUGUGUGUGUGUGUGUGUGUGCGUGCAUGUGUGUGUGUCUCUCUAUCUCUCUCCCUCUCUCUCUCUCUCUCUCUCUCUCUCUCUCUCUCUCUCUCUCUCUCUCUCUCUCUCUCUCUCUCUCUCUCUCUCUCUCUCUCUGCCCGCACCGGGUUCCUUGCACGUUGUAGCCACUCCAUUUCUUGUAUUGUUAGUGCAGUUGGAAGCUGAUUAUUUAGACAGUUUAUGCCCCAAUCAUCACCUUUGAACACCUUUUUGAAGUUAACAGUAGCUCUGUAAUCUCUGUCAGUUAAGUGAAGACUUUGAGACAUUAAUUGAAAUCCUUCUGCCAUACUUUUCUUAUUUCCACUUGGAACACUUCAUCCAACAUCCACAAAUCUAGUAUAGGAUAUUUUUUAAUUUAUUAUAUUUAUGUGAACAAUUGAUAAUGCAGAUGACUCCUUUUUGUUUUACUUGUUGUUGGAUUGUCCCUGUUAAACCUGGUUUAGGGGAAAGGCCUGUGUGUAUAUAAUUUUAUGACUAAAUUAUAUGUCUCCUUUCACAUGGGUAUAUAUAUUUUUUUCUUUCCUUCCUUCUUUUUUUGCCCUUUUUUUCUGCUGGACGGUCACUGCAUGCUUUAGCAAUGAGAUGCGUACAAUAGUAGUAGAAGAAAAAAAAACUAUUCCUGAGCCAGGGCAGACCGUACAGAUGUCCUUUAGAUGUAGACUUAAAAAGGGGAAUUCUGUAUUUUCCAGUUUGCAUUAUGAGUUGUUGUAUAGAUUCUUUGUCACCAAACAUCAAACGUGAGAUCCUACAAUAACUCUUAUGAUUGUGAAGGUUCUGUAGGACGACCCAGAAAGCAGCUGGCUUUGGAACCGUAUCCACGCUGCGUCGUGGCCUGGCUUGCGCUAGGCUUAGCUGUGGUCUAGGGAAACAGGACAUUGGAUAGAACCAGGGCACAGCAGAACGGGUUAUAAUGCUAUUUGAAAUGGGACCUGGAUUUUAAGUGGUAAUGAAAACAAACAGUGUAUUUUAUUUUAUUUUUAUUAUUUUUCUUUUAUUUUUUAUUAUUUUUUUUGCUUUUGAACUGUGUCCUCUCUUUGCAAUACUGUGCACUGUUCCUGAUUCUAAUGUUUAUUGAACGUAAAAGUAUCUAAACCAUUAUUAAACCCAUUUCUACAGCACUGGUUAUAAACCCAUCAUUGUGUGUAAUAAAAAACAUUUCAGAGACAUCAUCCUAUAAAA